AUGGAGCAGCCAGAGUCUCAAGUUGAGAUAGCCAAAAAGCUACUCGAGACACUCCAUUCGCUCAUUGUACACUUUCCCGAAAAUGCGCGGAACAACGUAGACAAGCUCAUGGAGAUGAUUGACUGGCCUAAACAAUCGCAGCUAUUGAUCUCUGUCCUCUUGGGAUGUGGGUUACUUUUUCAAAUUUUCCUCAAAUAUCGACAAGUAAAAACCAACAAAAAGUCUCGAUUCCUCGAGUCGCCUGGUUUCCCAUUGCCGGAGAGCUUGAAUGACUUUGACUGGGCUACGGAGGAGCCGGUGCAGCUUCGGCCUUUCAAGCCAAAGUAUCAUCUUACAAUGGCUCUCGAAAACUUGGACCCGUCUGAACUCAUUCUCAUGGACAAGACAUACAAAGAACGCAUACUGUAUCGCCGAAAGAUCCUCAAGGAACAUCGCGAGACCGUAAUCGCAAUGCAUAACGAGUCUGACCCACGCGCAAUCGCCGCUGUAAAAGAGUUCUAUCGCUACAUCAUGGCGACCUAUCUACCCGUGCGCUACCCGACAAUGUUUCGUCUCCAUGAAACUGCCUUUGAGACAGGCAAGGCUUACAUGCUCGAGAACCUCGUCUUCAAUGAGCUCUACCCGGCCGAAGUCACCGAAUUUACGUCGCCUAUGCGCGCUCUCGAAAUUCUCUACAAGACUAUAGAUGAGGAUUACCUUAUCCUCCUACCUGAUGAAACCGACGAUAAUGACCCAAAAAAUGCCAAGUACAGACUCGUAGCAUACGAAACGUGCUACCCAGCAGGCUUCAAUCCACGCGAAAAACUCGGUAAACUUCUCGCCGACAUCCAUGGCCCCGUCCCGGGUUACCAGGAAAAGCUCGAAAGGAGUAUGGAUCGACACUUUGCAAAUGUUGAAGUGGGAAAGUAUGUGAAACGGGUCAAUUGGAGUAUUUCUACCAAUACGGAGUUGUUUGCUGCUUUUGGUGGGUUACAUAGCUCUAUGAACGAGACGCAGGUUGAGGAGAAGAUCAAGGAGGGGACAUUGAAUGUCGAUUCGACCCUGUUGCGCUCCGAGCGCCAAACACUUCAUCGCCUGCCGACUACUCGCGCCAUGAUGUUUGGCUUUCAUACAUACACCUACCCAAUCAAAAAGAUCAAAGAAGAAGGCCUGGGCGAGGAUCUUGCUACAGCUAUCGACGGGCUGAAAGAAGGAAGCGUUCCAAAGAUUUUCGGAUACAAGCGAGGGCCUGUUUGGGGAGAUGCUGUCAAGGCAUAUUUACGAAGUUAG